CAAGCAUGAAAACCAGAAGUCACAUGAGGUUUUUAUCCAAGCCAGAUGCUUUACAGAUGUUUUUUCGAGACCCUUUGUUCCCAUGCUUCUGUAUUCCAGCACAAGUUUUACUUCUCAGGUCAACAGAGAGAACUUUUUUAGUUUGAACUUUUUCCUGAUGACGCCUUAAAUAUUUUUGUUGCAUGUUUCUAAAGUAGCUGUAUUUUAAUUAUUAAGCUUUUAUAACAAAAAAUGAUACAUAAUAAAAGUUUUCUUUGAAUUUGAAACUGCAAGGAAUUCCAAGAGCGAGGAUAUCAGCUCUAAAAUCGUAUAUACGCCACUGUUCACCUGUUCACUGCCACCCCAUCACAGUUCUUUCCAAGUCAUUCCUCCAACCAACGCCUUCUUUUAGCUCAUUUCUACAGCCUCUCUGUGGAAAUGUACCCUGGCCAGAGUGUUUCUCCUCUGUCAUAAGAAACUCCUCCGUGCUAUUAAAAGGCUGCAGAUCAGAUAAAAGCUCACAGCAGCUGCGGCUCAUCAUCAGAAAGCAAACAGGAGACUUCGCUCAAUCCCAAGCAUGAAAAAAAAGCUGUUCAUCGACGCGGACACGGGGGUGGAUGAUGCUCAGGCCAUCAUGGUGGCCCUGGCGGCCCCUGAUGUGGAGAUUUUGGGGAUCACCUGCUGCUAUGGCAAUACGCCACUGGAGAACGUCCUCACGAACACACUGCGCGUCCUGAAAGCCUGCAACAGACUGGAUAUCCCAGUGUACCGAGGAUGCUCAGGGCCCCUGCUGGCCAACCGGCGCCACGCUGGAGACUACCACGGCAAGGACGGCAUGGGCGACGCCCCGGACCCGGACGCCCCCGGCCUGGAGCUGCUGCAGAAGAAAAGAGGCAUACCUGCCAUGGUCAAGAUCAUUAAUCAAAACCCUGGAGAGGUGACCCUGGUGGCCACGGCCCCCCUCACCAACUUGGCCGUCGCAGUGCAACUGGACCCCUCCCUCCCCAAGAAACUCAAGGCUCUUUACAUCAUGGGAGGAAACACAGACUCGAGGGGCAACACCACAGUGUGCGGAGAGUUCAACUUUGUGGCCGACCCCGAGGCCGCCCACAUCGUGCUGGACCGCUACACCUGCCCCACCUACAUCGCCCCCUGGGAGUUCAGCUGCAGGAACAGUCUGCCGUGGUCUUUCUGUGAGAACUGGCUGUCCCAAAACACAGAGAAGGCUGCGUUUAUGAGGAAGAUCACCAGCCUCUCAAUGAAGAAAGCUCAGUCGGCCGACUAUCAGAAGGAGAUCACAGAAGGGAAAGGGUUCAACUCCUGUGACAGCUACGCCAUGGCUGCAGCCAUCGAUGACACAUUUAUAACAGAGAGUGAAGAGGUUGCAGUGACAGUGGAGCUGGUGGGGAAAUACACCCGAGGCAUGAUGGUGCUGGACUACAUGGAGCUGCUGAACAAGAAGCACAAGGCUGUCAUCAUGCAGAACGUCGACCUGGAGAGGUUCAAGCAGAUGUUCAUGAACUCGCUGAAGUAAAGAGAUGACGAAGGGAAGGCAGGAAACUGGUGGAUUAAAAACAAAUACACCAA